GGCGCGCGGGCAGCGCUGGCAGCAGCCUCCCAGGGUUCAAAGGUGAGCUCGAGCGGGCGGGCCCAGGCCUCGAGGACUGCCUCACUUCCGGGACACUGCAAACAUGGAAACACAAAGUCCACUUGGAUGAAAGUGGAGGCGGUGUGAGAGGGGCCAUUUUGACUGAAAUGCAAAGAAAGAAGUUGGUCUGCAGGGCAUCCAGGUCGGGGUGCUCAGGGUAACUUUGGAACCAUGAUGGCCUGGCUUCUCACAAAGGAUUCUGAGCAAUGGCAGGUGCCACUGGACUUGUGCUGAGAUCCUUGACCUAGAGAAAGAUGGCCAAGGGGCUCCUGGUGACCUAUGUCCUCUGGGCUGUAGGGGGCCCUGCAGGGCUCCACCACCUGUACUUGGGGAGGGACAGCCACGCACUGCUCUGGAUGCUCACCCUAGGGGGUGGUGGGCUGGGCUGGCUGUGGGAGUUCUGGAAGCUCCCAAGCUUUGUGGCUCAGGCUAACAGAGCCCAAGGGCAGAGGCGAGGUUCCAGAGGGGGGACGCCCCCACUGAGUCUCAUUCGCUUUGCUGCCCAGAUGAUAGUGGGCAUCUAUUUUGGCCUCGUGGCUCUCAUUAGCUUUUCCUUCAUGGCCAACUUCUAUAUUGUGGGCCUUCCCCUUGCAGUUGGUUUAGGGGUCUUGCUGGUGGCUGCUGUGGGGAAUCAGACCUCUGAUGUUAAGAACACGCUGGGAGCUGCGUUUCUUACUUCCCCCAUCUUCUAUGGCCGCCCUAUAGCCAUCCUGCCCAUCAGCCUGGCUGCCAGCAUUACAGCCCAGAAGCACCGUCGCUACAAAGCUUCUGUUGGAUCAGAGAUGCUCAGUGUGCGGCUCUACCGCCUGGGCUUGGCUUACCUCGCUUUCACGGGUCCUCUGGCAUAUAGCAUCCUCUGCAAUACAACUGCCACCCUCAGCUAUGUGGCAGAGACCCUUGGCUCCAUCUUGAGUUGGUUCAGCCUCUUCCCCUUCCUUGGCCACUUCCUGGAAUCUGUCUGCCUUUUGCCUUACCGGACAUGGAGGCUGCUGGUGGGGAACCCUGGCUUCAGCAGCAGCUCCUUCCAGGAGUGGGAGAAGCUCUAUGAGCUUGUUCAAAGCUUUCAGGAGGAGAAGCACCAGCUGGCUCACCAGGUUCUGGGUCUCUCAGAAGGGACAACCAAUGAAGAAAUACAUCGGAGAUACCAUGAGCUAGUGAAGACCUGGCACCCUGACCACAACCUACACCAAACAGAGGAAGCUCAGAGGCACUUUCUGGAGAUCCAGGCUGCAUAUGAAAUCCUGAGUCAGCCGAGGAAGCCCAGAGGGUCUGGGAGGUGAGAAGACACUUCUUAAAUGUGGACUUUUCCUGGCAGAGAGGGGCAUCUUGUUCCAGCCUAGUUCUACCUACUUGGAGCAUCUGAACAUUAAAGAAACUGUGUGUGUGUGUGGUGGGGGGACGGGCAGUAGUGGACUCAGGCUCAAACCCAUGCUCCCCACUUGCAGGGGAAACGCUUCACGAUCAGUGAAGAGGGUCUGCAGGUGUCUUAUCUUUCUCUCCCUCUCUGUCUCUCCAUCCUCUCUGAAUUUCUCUCUGUUCUAUAUAAUAAAAAUAGAUAAAGAAAAAUAAUAAAGGAAAAUGGUCACCAGAAGUGGUGGAAUCGUAGUGUCCACACAGAGCCCCAUUGACUGGAGGCAAAAAAGAAAAAGAAAGAGGAAGGAAGGAAGGAAGGAAGAAAAGAAAGAAGCUGUGUGUUUGCAGUGGAGGUGAGAAAUCCUUAAUAGAGCUGAGAAAGCUAUUGUGAAAGAACACGUUGUUCUCUCAAAUUCCUGAGUUUCUGGAUAUUGUAUUCCUGACCCUUUUUCUCAGAUCCAGAUGGCUAAAUGGAAGAUAUCCUAUAAUGCCAAUAUGUAUCUUUUAGAGAAGUGUCUGGAGAAGUGGGGGGCUCAGCAGGGAGGGCACAGGACUGACUGCAAGAGAUUCUGGGUUUGAUCCCCAGUACACAUAUGCUGAAGCAGUGCUCAAGUCUCUCUCCCUCUCACAAAUAAACAAAUAAACAAGCAUUUAAAAAUA